UUUGGGUUUGAACAUCACAGUGUUUCUCUUGGACUCCUCGAAUUCUUCCUGUUUUGCCUCGCCGGAGAGAAAGGUGUGUCCUCAUCCCUCAAAAGGAUAACACAAUCACGUGGACGUCCCGGCUGUCAUUUGCAUGAAAGAAUAUCUGCCGUGCGGACCGAGAGGUUCGAGCUGCAGAAACACCCGGUGGAUGAGAAAGAGAAAGCAAGGAACUAACGGAAGCGCUCUGACCUCCGGAGACCAUAAAAAAGCCCGAGAUAUAGCCGCGCGCAUGGAAAAGACAGGAAAACCCAACCGUUUCUGGAAAAAAGGGAAAACCGCCCCAAAUUCUCACCCCGAAGCGGUUUGCCUUCUAUCGAACAACCGCAAAAAAACAACCAAAAACAGUAAGAUUGUGAAGCGGCUGGGAGAAGAAAUCAAGAUGUGUGUGGAGAGCGCGUUGAAAAUCCCAAGAAAAUACUCAAAGAAGCGUUCCUCCAGCCCAAGUUCUGGGCGAGAGACGCCGAAAGAUGAAGCCUUCUCCGAGCUGGUGGAGAAGAAGCGCUAUCUUCAUGCUUGUGACCUUAUUUCUCAACUAGAGACAGAUGAUGUUGAAACUGUAGGUGACAUGUACCAGGUCCUAGCCGGAGACAUGUGGAGGACCGUGCAGACGGCCCUUACCGGUGACAACGGUCACGCCGAGGAGCUUAAACCGGUGGCAGACUGUUUGAAAUGGGCAAGGAAGCAACGGUGGGCAGAAGGAUCAGAAUGGAGUCCUAGAUCCUGGGAUAAGGAUUUGGAGAAUCUCCUCAAAGAACAUAUCAGACAACAACUCCCGGCGUUUGUUUGCGAUGCGAAGACGAAACCAAGCAUCAGAAGUCACUUAGAAGACUUGGAGAGAACAACUUUACAGAUCAUAGAAAGAGACAGGCCACGUCUUGGAGAUCUCUUUAUGGACUUUGCCAAAUGCUUGGCCGUCUCCGUGCUCCACCACCUCUCGUCGCUGGCAACGGGAGAUUAUAGUUACGAAGAAUGUGUGCUUUUGUACAGAUGGGGCUGUGAGGAGCACAGGAGACAGCGCAGGUAUCUGGCGGAGUCUGAGGACUUUGAUCACUUGCUGUUUGUCGGUUGGUUCGGUGACAGUAGAAACAAAGUGACGUGCACGGGAAAGAAAACCAUUGGUAACGUCUUGCGUGAGAUCCUUCAAAAAGAGAUCGUGUGGAAUACGCAGCCAGACGAUGAGCCGGGAUUCUACUUCCAUGAUAUCCUAAAGGAGGCAUCUAAAUUGACCAAGGCUGUGGAAGACCUUGGCGAGACAUUAGUAUCCGACGUCCAAGGAGUGUUACGGGCUGAAUUCUUGCAUUUUGUGACCAGGUAUAACGUUUUUUUGGAAGAAAAGAUUGAGGGGAACGUCUCAGGAAAUCAGAUUUCCACAUCCCUGCGGGUUUUAAAGAAUUGCCAAAUAUUAAGGACUAUGCUAGAUAAUUUAGGAAAAUUACCCGAGGACAAAUCUCACGAAAUGACGGAAAUACCAGUAAUCAUAAAUAAAUGCGAACGCCGCGGAGUCAGACUUUUAUGCGCUGCCUUGAGAUCAGCAAUGAAGAAACCGUUUCAAACAUACUUUCAAGAAAAUGACAAUCAAUAUAAAAACAUCCUCCAGGAUUUUAAAAAGCGCUGGGAACGCACAGGGUUUCAGUAUAACAAGCAGCUCGUUGAGGCGGUCCAUCAGGCGGUUGUUGGAUUGUACAUUCAAACCUUUAUUGGCUGUUCUAAGAGAAUAUGCGAGAAUAAAGGGGAAAUGUUUACAAAUGGGGGCAAGUUCUUGCAGAACGCCUUCCAGAACCUGUGUAAUGGUGACCUGCUGCUGGAUGAUCCGAUGGACUACAUCUCACAGAUACUCAAUUCCCAGGACGCCGAGUCUUUGCAGACAACUGUCUUUUUCUUCUGUAAUAACCAUCCUGAUUUAAGGGAGGAACACUUGAAAGCGAUCAUGAAAAUCAAAGGAAAUCUCAACCCCAAGGAGAAAGAACAAUUCCUGUAUUACCUGAAAGAAAGAAAAAAUGACCUUCAGGAAGAAAGAGUCAGUUUCUUCGAGGAUAUCGAGGUGAAACCUUCCAAGUGCUGCUGUGUUUGCUAGCGUUCCAUCUGCUCCGAAUCCACGGACGUUGCCGUUUAAUUUCUGGGUUGAAAUACUCAGAUAUUCACAAACUGCAAAAAUG